GACCGGCGGCAGGAGAGUGCAGCAGCGGCCGCGGCAUCGCUUCGCGGCAGCAGGGAUGGAGCCCUGGAAGCAGUGCGGGCAGUGGCUGAUCAGCUGCAAGGUGCUGCCGCCCAACCACCGGGUGACCUGGGACACGGCCCAGGUCUUCGACCUGGCGCAGACGCUGCGCGACGGCGUCUUGCUCUGCCAGCUCCUUAACAACCUGCGAAGCCACUCCAUCAACCUCAAGGAGAUCAAUCUGCGCCCGCAGAUGUCCCAGUUUCUUUGCUUGAAGAAUAUAAGGACUUUUCUUUCGGCAUGUUGUGAAAUAUUUGGGAUGAAAAAAAGUGAACUUUUUGAAGCAUUCGAUUUGUUUGAUGUCAGAGAUUUCGGAAAGGUGAUAGAAACCCUUUCAAAACUUUCUCGCACUCCCAUUGCAUUGGGCACAGGAAUAAGGCCCUUCCCUACAGAAGAAAGUGUUGAUGAUGAUGAUGAUGUCUACAAAGCUCUUCCUGAUUUAAUAGAUGAAACUGGUGUUGAUGAAGAUGAGGAGUUGUAUGAUUGUGUCUAUGGAGAAGAUGAAGGUGGGGAGGUUUAUGAAGACCUAAUGAAAGAUGAAGCAGCCCAGCAACCUAAAUACACUGAAAAUGACAUAAGAAGCUGUUGUCUUGCUGAAAUAAAGCAAACUGAAGAGAAAUACACUGAAACUCUGGAGUCGAUAGAGAAAUUUUUCAUGGUGCCAUUGAAAAGGUUUCUGUCAGCAUCAGAGUUUGAUACUGUCUUCAUCAACAUUCCUGAUUUGGUGAAAAUUCACAGGAAUCUAACACAAGACAUCAAUGAGUCCAUUGUUAACAAAAAUGAUCAGAACCUGUAUCAGAUUUUCAUUAACUACAAGGAAAGGUUGGUUGUUUAUGGACAGUACUGCAGUCAGGUGGAGAUAGCAAUAUCGUGUUUAGACAACAUCUCUAAGACAAAAGAAGAUGUUAAACUGAAAUUGGAGGAAUGUUCCAAGAGGGCCAAUAAUGGGAAGUUUACGUUGCGGGAUCUUUUAGUGGUUCCAAUGCAGAGAGUGCUAAAAUAUCACCUGCUGCUCCAGGAGCUGGUAAAACACACUACAGAUCCCAUGGAGAAGGCAAAUCUAAAACUGGCACUUGAUGCAAUGAAGGACUUGGCUCAGUAUGUAAAUGAAGUGAAGAGAGAUAAUGAAACACUGCGUGAAAUUAGACAGUUUCAACUAUCAAUAGAGAAUUUGAAUCAUUCCCUCUUGCAAUAUGGAAGACCUCAAGGUGAUGGGGAAAUAAGGAUAACUACAUUAGACAAACGUGCAAGGCAAGACAGGCAUAUCUUCCUGUUUGAUCUAGCUGUAAUUGUUUGCAAACGGAGAGGUGACAAUUAUGAAAUGAAGGAAAUAAUAGAUCUUCAGAAAUACAAAAUUACAAAUAACCCCACUACUGAUAAAGAAAAUAAGAAGUGGUCUUAUGGCUUCUACCUCAUUCAUAUCCAAGGUCAAAAUGGUUUAGAAGUUUAUUGCAAAACUAAAGACUUGAAGAAAAAAUGGCUGGAGCAGUUUCAGAUGGCUCUGUCAAACAUACGGCCAGACUAUGCAGAUACAAGCUUUCAUGAGUUCAAAAUGCAUACCUUCAGUCGAGUGACAUCUUGCAAAGUCUGUCAGAUGCUUCUGAGGGGAACAUUUUAUCAAGGGUAUUUAUGUUCCAAGUGUGGAGCUGGAGCACACAAAGAAUGUUUAGGAAGAUUAGACAAUUGUGGCAGAGCUAAUUCAGGUGAACACGGGAACCUGAAACAUGAGAAACGAGCAAAUGGAAUUAGAAGAAACUCUAGGCACGUGGACCCAGGCUUACCAAAAAUGCAAGUUAUUCAAAACUACAAUGGAAUACCCCAGCCAGCAGCACAAGAUGGUCCACCAUUGCAUAUCCAGAUUGGGGACACUAUUGAACUAAUUAGAGGAGAUGCACACAGCUUAUUUUGGCAGGGCAGAAAUUUAACAACAGGAGAACUUGGAUUCUUCCCAAGUGAUGCAGUAAAGCCUAGUCCAUGUGUUCCUAAACCAGUAGACUACUCUUCACAACUGUGGUUUGCAGGAGCAAUGGAAAGAUUGCAAGCAGAGAGUGAACUUAUCAACAGAGUAAAUAGCACUUACCUGGUGCGGCACAGGACCAAAGAAUCAGGAGAAUAUGCAAUUAGUAUUAAGUACAAUAAUGAAGUGAAGCACAUCAAGAUUUUAACAAGAGAUGGCUUUUUCCACAUUGCAGAAAACAGAAAAUUUAAAAAUUUAAUGGAACUCAUAGAAUACUAUAAGCACCACUCUCUCAAAGAAGGCUUUCGAAGUUUGGAUACUACUCUUCAGUUUCCGUACAAAGAAUCUGAAAACUCAGUGGGACAAAGAAGUAACAGAACAGGGGGCAACUCCCCUUCUUUGUUCUGUGGGUUUUCUUUUGUAACUCCACCAGACUACAGCUUUGUUCCCCCUUCCUCCACUCCUUUCUGGUCAGUGCUAAGCCCGAAGGUGAUAGGCAUUGCCAUAGCCAGGUAUGACUUCUGUGCAAGAGACAUGAGAGAACUGUCCUUACUGAAAGGGGAUGUUGUGAAAAUUUAUACAAAAAUGAGUGCGAAUGGCUGGUGGAGAGGUGAAGUAAAUGGAAGGGUGGGCUGGUUUCCAUCAACUUAUGUUGAAGAGGACGAAUGAAUUAAAAACUUUCCUUUGCUGACCAGCAGUUUCAGGGAUUGUUAAAAAUUUAGCAUCUUCAAAGUAUUAUUGGUCUUAAGUAUUUUAACAGAAGCAUUUUAGUCUGUCUGAACCUUCCAGUCUUAAUGUUGGGAUGUACAAAGAAGUUUUUGCUGACAGAUGAUUGCCUUGCCCAGAGCUGUGCAAGAAACAACCUGCUGGUUUGCCGUCACUGGGGAUCAGUACAAAGACCAACCCUCUCCUCCCAGAAGAUCUCUGGAAAACAAAUUUCUUUAUGCUUCUUUUCAUUUCACCCUGUACUAUGAAUACUAGCUAUGGCUGAAUAUUUAAUAAGUCUCUUCUAGCUAACAUCUGUGAUGGUAGAAGGCGAUGAAGGCUUAUGAUUCCUUAUCACUGCAUGCAGAAAACAGUUCAUUUAUUCCAGUGGGCAUAAAGUAUAGUCAGUAGACUUGCCUUGAAACAUCAGACUACUUCACUUAUCACCUUACAAAUAGUUUUAUACUUACAAAAAACGUUCUGAAGGAAAUAUCUAGCAAACAUGAGUAGCAUUCAUGCAUGUGUAAUUAGUUGACUGACUACUUUGAGGUCCUCCCUAAAUCUUCUAAUAAUUUGUUUAAAGACAACAUUUUAAAAAGUGUAGUGAUGUGGUAUUGCUUGGGAAAGCAGCCACAAAGUAGAAUUGUGAGAUCCUUCCUUUGUCAUCCCAAGCCUUUUCGUGGGAGGCUUUUUCAUUUAAGCAGUUGAUCAUAAAAGUGCAACUGAGGGUAGUCAUGACAAGAUGAGUUUUAAAAAUUUCAGCAUUAAAAUUAAGUAUUGUAGACCUGUUCUGUAGGAGAAUGUACUAAUACAAGAUGAUGUCACUUCUCAAGGUCAAAACUAUUCAUCUUACCCUUUGGAUUGAUUCAGAUGAAUGUUGAUGCUUCCAACUUUGAACAGUCUUCCUAGUUAGGAGAGUUUUUGGUACCCUUUCCCGUCUUGCUCCCUGAGAUGUUAAUGGCAGUUCAGUGAGAGGCCUUGUUGAAUUGUUGUAAACAUUCACAGGGAAAAAUGCAUCUAUUUAAGCUAGAUUAAAACAUCAGGGCUUGUAAAGUGGUGUUCACCCCUUGAUGAGGCAGUGUUUUAAUAUGUUUAUGGAGAGUCAGAAGUGUUAUAGUUACAAGCAAAAAAUAGAUGUGGAUGAUGCCUUCAGAUGUGCAGUUUCAAAUAUUUAGAUAAUUUCUAACCUGGCUUGAAAACUCCUAAGAAAUUAAAGCUCUUGUAUGCAUUUGCUUUCUAGGGUAUCAUUGACCAAUCAAGGAAGUUAAUUUAUCCUGCCCCACAUCCUCUGUUUUGCUUUUCCCUGUCAUCUUUCCCUGUAGGCGUCUUGCAAUGAGCGUGCAUAGAUACUCCAUGAUUUAACAAUGCAGUAUUUCCCGCCUUACAAGCAAUGUAAUAUCCGUUGUUUGUCUAUACACUGCUAGUACAUAUUGCAUUCUUUUUGGCUGUCCUCAGUGUUCUUUGGUUGUGUGUGUGGUGUGGUUUUUUUUGUGGUUUGUGUUUUUUUUGGUGUUUUUCCUGGCUGCCUUCUGGCCAUCAGGAAGAACCAAGCCCAGCACAGAGGUUUUGCAAGAAACCCCUUCAUCUCUGCAGCUGACUUACCCAUCUGUUGGACCCAGCAUACACUACUGGGUGACCAGGUGAAAAAGGGGGUCUCCUAAUUAAAACUCCUCCUCCCAUUGUGAGCUUGAGCCUUGUAGAUGAAACUCUGCUGAUGAUCUAACUUAUCAAAGAUUUACCUCAAAAUUAUGUAAACUGUGAUUGUGUUGAGUACAUUACUUGAUGGAACAAUUGAGAGCAUUUGUAAAUAUGUAGAUGAUGCAUAAAACACAUUUUGUAAAUUAUGUGUACAGCAGUGUAAACUAGAGUCUUUGAUCAUGUUUUGCCAUGCAGUUUUAUUGUCUAAUAUGAGCUUAAUCUUACAUUCCUUAAGUAGACAAAACUGAUGCGUUUUGCAUGCUCAAGGGAUAGAGGAAUAGGAUCUGGUUUGUAAAGUGUUUAGUGCUUUGCUGUCACAUAGUUCUGAGAAGAGGCAGUUUAGUUCAAUAUGAGUUGAGAAAUACAUCAUUUAUUUUCAACAGCUUGGUUUUAGAAUCAUUCUGAGUAAUCUCUAUCAUAAAGUUGCUGUAAAGCCUUUAAGCAAUUGCUGAGUCCAGUAAUCAGCCCUGGAGAAGAAUGAAAGCCAUAGUUAAAUUUAGUUUUGUGGCAUAAAUCUACAUAUCAUUGUCUGUGUUUAAUGCCCUGUAUUUAUUGAGUUAAUGCUGCAUUUUAAACUAUAUUUUCAGUACCAAAGACUUCCUAAAUAUUCUGGAGCGUCUUGUUCAUGUGCUGCUUUUGCCUGUGUAGAGGUUUUGUUGUCAUGCAAUAAUGGAGUUACAGUACUUUUAUUUUGUACUAUUUUGUAAAUAUGUUAAAUAUAAUAAACUGGUUAAUUUUUUUUGUUUAAUGAUAUGUGUCAAAAUGUGUGGU